AGAAGACGACCUUGGCCUUUUUCACCUCUCCAGCUUGAAAAUGCCACGAUAUGAUGAUCGAUCUGCCAGUACUCGUCUCUAUGUUGGUCAUCUGGCAUCUCGUACAAGAUCUAGAGACCUUGAAUACCUCUUCAGCAAAUAUGGAAGAGUACGAGAUGUGGAUAUGAAGCGCGACUAUGCAUUUGUUGAAUUUAGUGAUCCUCGAGAUGCUGAUGAUGCCAGAUAUCACUUGGAUGGUAAGGAAUUUGAUGGCAGCCGUAUUGUUGUAGAGUUUGCUAGGGGGGUACCUCGUGGUUCUCGAGAAUAUAUGAGCAGGGGUCCUCCUCCAGGCUCUGGACGUUGCUUUAAUUGUGGCAUAGAUGGCCAUUGGGCUCGAGAUUGCAAAGCUGGAGACUGGAAGAAUAAAUGUUAUCGUUGUGGAGAGAGAGGCCAUGUAGAGAGGAACUGCAAGAGCAGUCCCAAGAAACUGAGACGUGAUCGGAGUUACUCUAGAUCACCAGCUAGAUCUCACUCUCCUCACCGUGGUAGAAGUCGUAGCCCUAGUUACAGCAGAGGUCGAAGUUACAGUCGAUCAAGAUCUCCACCAAAGAGAGAACCAAGUGUUGAGAACGAGGACAGGUCCCUGAGCCAUGAGCCGAAGAAUGGUGUUGCCUCCAAGAGUAGGAAGCACAGCCUAACGCCAGAUGAUGGCAGCUCACGCCCUUCUCCCAAAGCCCAGAAACUGGAUGACCUGCAAGACAGACCAGAAUAUAGUGGUAGCCCGAGGAGGAGCAGAAGCCCUGAAAGACAGAGCCCUGGAGACAUGAGAUAUGGUAGUGCAGCUCAAACUAAUGGUCGCAGCUGCAGUCCCAGUCCUAGGGAUGAAGGAAGCCCUGUUGAUAAUUAGGAGGACAACCGGAACACUGCAAGAGGCAGCGGGUCACCCUAGAAGUAUGGCAUAAUGGAGAUGGAAGUUCUUCGGUUGCACAUGCUCAUCUGCAACACCUUGCGUUUUCCUGUUCGAUUUGAGCAAUUGUAAUCAGUUGAUAUGCUUCAGUAAGUACGAAAUUGUACUGAACUGAAGGGCUUGACUUGAAUUGAGGAAGCAUAUUUUGAAUUUUCUGUAUUGGGAGCUAGACUUGUUAAUUGAUUUGAUAAUUUUACUUUUUU